UUCAUAUCAAUUUAUUUUAUUAUUAUUUUUUUAAAAAAAAUAAGAUAUAAAUGUCUGAUUCCACAGAAAACAUUACCGAAACCUUGACCAGCAAUGUCAAUACCUCUCAAAAUGACACCCCAAUCAAACCUCACAAAGUUGCAAUGAUUCAAGAACCCAGCACCGAUGCAGAAGAUUCAGAGGAUGAACCCGUGACCGAAACAACAGAAGAAGGCUUAUUGGAUGAUUACCCUGAUGACACUACUGAGGUCGAUGCUAUUCAUAUGCGAGUUGCAGACAUUCCUUCUCUUGGUCUUGAACGGUUCCAAAAUCUUCAGCGACUUUGUUUGCGUCAAAACUUCAUCAUUGAUGUCAAAGGAUUGGAAGGUUUGAAGGAGCUCAAGGAACUCGACUUGUACGAUAACAAGAUUUCUCGUAUCAGUGGGGUCAAUAGUCUUCAAACAUUGGAAUCCCUCGACCUUUCCUUUAAUAAGAUUAAGCACAUCAAACACAUUGAAAAUCUUGUCAAUCUCAAGGAUCUGUACUUUGUGAGCAAUAAGAUCUCAAAAAUCGAAAACCUUGAUACACUAGUUAAUGUUACCAACCUUGAGUUGGGUGCCAAUCGUAUCAGAGAGAUCCAGAACCUUGAUCAUUUGGUGAAUUUGGAACAGUUGUGGCUCGGAAAGAACAAGAUCACAAAGCUAGAGAACCUGGGUGCAUUACGCAACCUGCGAGUGUUAAGUAUUCAAAGUAACCGCCUGACAAAAUUAACGGGCUUGGAAGGAUUGGUUAAUCUCGAGGAGUUAUACACUAGCCACAAUGCGAUCGAGAAAAUUGAAGGGCUGGAAAAUAAUCAUAAAUUGACUAUAUUGGAUGUAGCUAGCAACAAAUUGACUCAUAUUGAAAACCUAUCCCACCUGAAAAAUCUCGAAGAUUUCUGGGCUAAUGGUAACCAGUUUGGUAAUGAGUGCUUUGCUGAGCUGGAACGUGAACUUGGAAACAUAAAGACAUUGCAGACAGUUUACUUGGAGGGCAACCCAAUGCAAUUGGAGAAUAUGGCAACCUACCGUAACAAAGUACGCCUUUCUCUCCCAAACAUCCAGAGAAUAGAUGCAACUUAUGUACGUUAAAGAGGGAAGGAGAGAGAGAAUGUUCAUUCAAUGUACAUGUACCUUAAUCGAAUAAAGGAAAACCAGUCAAGUCAGUAACUUCGAAUGAUAAGGUCUGGUGGCUUGGAGAGAGGUGUCCCCCAGCUCCAUUUUUUACCCCUCUCACAUUUAAAUCCUCUCACCUGUCCUAGGCUGGCACUUUUUUUUUCCUCUUCUUUUUUUUUAUUACACUUUGGCUCUCUUUUAUCGAAGCUUCUCAGCUUAUUUUUUUUGGCACUGCCGGUUUUCUUUUUCUCUCCACUCUGUGUGCCUUCUUAUAUAUAUAUACACACACACACACAUAUAUAUAUAUAUAUUAUUCCUGUUGCGAUCCCCUCUUUGUACUUUUGUUUGAAUACCAUUGCACUUGGUCCAUAAGUCUCUUUGCUCUUUACAUUUAUUCUUCGACUUUGAGCUUACGAUACAAGAUACAGAAACAAAAACAAAACACACAAAACAAUAAUAACCGUUCUUCAUGCC